AGACCUGCCAUAGGGCAGCACCCAAUGAAGUAUGAACCCUUCAUGGGCAUUGGUGCUGAUAGCUGCUUGGUCACCAGCGGCCUGUUUGCCUCGGGACCAUGGCUUCUCGAUUUCGGCACAUCAGCCUUCUGAUCAGGUCAAAAAAGUAAAGGAAAACUUCCUGGACAAAUCGACGUAUGGAUUCUAUGGAUCUCCCACGGGGAACUGGGAGGCAGACCUAGUUGCAGACGAGCAGCCUGAUGAUCAAUCUCUGGAUGCCAAGACAGACCGUGCCCUAUCCCGGGUGCACCUGAAACCCGAGGAAGAGGCAGAGAGGUCUCUUCAGGCAAAGAAAGUUGCCGAAAAGAAAUACCAGGAAAUCCAAGAGAAAGAGCUGAAGUUUCGGGAAAAGAUGGUGAAGGCUCUCAGCUUGGCAAAGAAGUACAGAGGUGAGAUUGCGUCGCUGGAGACCAAAAAGAGGUUUCAGGAUGAGGCGAUCAAGUGGGUUCAGGAGGACGUCAAGUAUGGCGAGACAGAAGUCAUAAAAUACCAGCAGGAUUCACGACAUGGAUGGGGACAAGUCAUUGCAUGAAAUGGUUGGGCCCUGAGAAAGCUGGGUUUUCGACCGUGCUUCCAAAUCGAGGCCAGGUCCAGACCUUCUUGCUCGAGUGAGCUAGAGUGAUCAACACUUGUCAUUGCUGUGGGCGCUUUUAAUGAAAAGCUCAAUGAGCAGCUCCUCAAGCCAGUGGGAGCAUAUUGCAGGGGCAGUGGGGAGCCCGAUUGGGUGCCUCAGCCGGAC